AUGGACUGCACCUUUAAGACAUAUGCGGUCGAUAUGCCACUUUUGAACAUGAUUGGUGUGACGGGUAUGAACACUACGAAUCAUUUAGCGCAGAGUUUCAUCCGUAUUGAGACUGGUGGCAACUACACGUGGGCGCUCACUGAAUUGAAGACGGUAUGGACCUUGAGAAGAUUUCGUAUCCUCAGGUGA